ACUGUCGAGGACCAGAACCAGCCAGGAACUCAGAUCCAGAGAGCAGUUUACAACCAAAGACUGAGGACCACACUGGAGACUCUUCUGAAGACACUGAAGACUCUUCUGAACCUGACACUGAAGACAGUGCUGAUUGGAAGGAGACCAGAGAACCUGCCUCAGGCUCAAACUCACUGAAAAAUAGACAAGAAUCUGUCAGUGAUCCCCGACGUAGUGCUGAAAAGAACCCAUUCAACUGCUCAGUCUGUCAGAAAGCUUUUAGAGAUAGAAACAAACUAGAUCAACACAUGAGAGUCCACACCGGAGAGAAACCCUUUCGCUGCUCAGUCUGUCAGAAAGCUUAUAGAUAUGGAAAAAUACUAGAUCAACACAUGAGAGUCCACACAGGAGAGAAACCCUUUCGCUGCUCAGUCUGUGAGAAAGCUUUUUCACGGAGUGGAAAUUUAAAGAAACACAUGAGAGUCCACACAGGAGAGAAACCCUUUCACUGCUCAGUCUGUGAGAAAGCUUUUUCACAGAAUAUACAUUUAAAGGAACACAUGAUAAUCCACACAGGAGAGGGAGCAUUCAAAUGCUCAGUCUGUAAGAAAGCUUUUUCACAGAUUGGAAGUUUAAAGACACACAUGAGAGUCCACACAGGAGAGAAAGCAUUCAAAUGCUCAGUUUGUGAGAAAGCUUUUUCACAGAAGAAAACUGUAAAGGAACACAUGAGAAUCCACACAGGAGAGAAAGCAUUCAAAUGCUCAGUUUGUGAGAAAGCUUUUUCACAGAGUGGAAGUUUAAAGACACACAUGAGAGUCCACACAGGAGAGAAAGCAUUCAAAUGCUCAGUUUGUGAGAAAGCUUUUUCAGAGAGUGGAAAUUUAAAGGAACACAUGAGAAUCCACACAGGAGAGAAAAUAUACAGCUGCAAUGUUUUGACAAAAGAUUUAAAUGGCGUGGUCAUUUCAAAAGGCACAAGUGUGUUGGUCGUCAGUCCUCACGGCUUAAUGAAAAUAACGGAGAGGCAGAGCCUCCAAUCAGCAGCUCAGCUGAACACAUGGAAACAGAAGCCGAUGGAGAGGAAAAUGAAUAAGUCUUAUGACAGUUCACACGUGAGAGAAAUCUGUCUGUGGACAAUAUGUUUCAUGUUUUUGUCAUUCUGAUGUAUACGUUAACCACUGACUGUUGAUGAACCACUGCUCAUUUAAGGUGGACUGACCUUUACAAUGGACCAGCUAGUCUUAGUGUCUUAAUGCAAACGUUUUGUAAGAUGAUGCUAGACCAACAACGUGCUGUUGGGCUGUGUGCUCUCUGCAGGAUGGUGUCUGUACUCAAAGGUUGUUUAUGGUAUGAGAGCUUCACUCUGCUUUUGUUGUCCAAACGACGCCAACCUAGCGAUACGUCUUCUUUCCAGCAGAUGGCAUACAUGUUACAUCAUCCAGUUCAACUGUGAUCCACAUAGUAAUGAUUCAAAACAGCAAUGUGUGAGACAUGGCUAUUGACUCACAAUCUCAACAGAAUGUGAAGAGGUUACAGUCUUGCGGUUAUGUCCAAGAUGUUGUUUUUUGUUGUUGUAAGAGAUAAUAGGGAUUGAUGCAGACAAUAACCAGAAGAUAGUCUGGAUAGAGCCUUCAAAGAACCAGAAAGCGUUUUGAAGAUUAUUAGGGAUAUAGAAAGAAUACAAAUAUUACAAAUGAUUAUACUUUAUGCAGUGUCAACAUCUACAAAUGUAAAAGUAUUCAUUUAUUAAUAAAUCAUAUUUGUUAUAA